ACGGCCCACACCAUCUCGCAACAGAGACUGCAUAGAGAGUCUGAGUCAUAGACAGUUCUCCCUCUAAGUUCUCCAAAGCCGAAAUCCGCCAUCCAUGUCUCUGUCGCCAUCGCCGGAAAAUGCACUCCAAUCUGCAGAAUUUCGACUCGGCGGUGUAAAGACUAAAGAGCUCAACUUUUGAGAUAUGAUGAUUGCCGCAGCGGUGCUGGUGGCGGUUAUCCUUCUGCCAGCCAGAAUGUACACGAAAGCUCAAGUCUCGUUGCAUAAUAAGCGAACGGAUUGUUGGAUAAUUAUUAAAGACAAGGUAUAUGAUAUUACCUCGUAUGUAGAGGAGCACCCGGGUGGCGAUGCCAUCUUAGAGCAUGCUGGGGAUGAUUCGACUCAAGGGUUUUUCGGGCCGCAGCAGGCUGCCGGAGUCUUUGACAUGAUCGACGACUUCUAUAUCGGGGAUCUGGUGCUGUGACCAACUUGGAGUCAUUACUUUGAGAUUCCAUUCUUCUCUUUGCAUUUUCUUUUCUUACAACAUUGUAUCUGUAAGAAAGCCCGUCAAAACUCGUAUUUCAUAGUAAAUAAACACUUAUAUUUUGCACUCCGAUUCAAACUCACGAAGUUUUUCACUAAAGAUGCAAAUGAAGGGGAGGAGCCAACAGUGUAACACUGGAAAUGGAAUCAAAUCUCUACUUACUAUC